GAUAGCUUCAUCUGGAGAGCAGUGAACAGUGAACACGAACCUCGAGUACGAGAUGGAGCUCAUGGCUCCCUUGCAGUGCGGGCUCCUCUUCCUCCUCUUGCUGAACGGCGCCGCGGGAAACUCUGACGCGGCUGAAGAAUGCCAUGUUUCCGAGUUGGGAGAUCCAACGAUCGACAACUUCACCGCCCCCAGAGCUCUCGACUCCUCUGUCCUUUUGGAAUUAAAGUCUCCCAGGGAAAACUGGAAGGACUUUUCCCUCGUCUUCAGUGCUGAAGAUGAGUCAACGGCGGGCUACGUGACCUUCCACCAAGAGGAAGGGGGCGGCGACGUCGCGCUCCGGUUUGCCGGAGAUGAAGCCUCUCGGUCGCAAGAAAAACUGUCGGGCGAUCUGCCUUUGAGUAACUGGACGCGCUUUGACGUGUCUAUGGACAGCUCCGUCCUCCUGGUGAAGAUUGGCUCCAUAAAUUUUACAUUCAACGAUGAGAAAAUUCAGAGUUUCAAAAACGUGUAUGUUCAUGUUGACAGGGAUCGUUACAUGAAUGUGAGAUUCGACUGUGUCCAAGAUACGUCCGCUAAUGAAGUCAACUCUAACUCCAAAGAAAGCCCCAAAGUUGCUUCACCGACCACGGACCCGCCUCCUAGCGGGGGCAACGGCGGCACUGUGGCUGCUGUUAUCGUCAUCCUCUUGGUCGUUUUGGCGGCCUGCCUUGGCGUGUGGUGGUGGAGGAAGCGAAAGGAGGAGAACACAUCUUCCUACAAUGUACAAGACGUCGAGAAGGCCGAGCUUGAGGCCGGGGAGGCGAAAGGCGUCGCAGAGAGUGUGCCCCUCAUGGCCUCGACGUCGGAAGGGGCUGCGGGGGGGCAACCGAAGGGAAAUUUCCUAACGCAGGGGCGGGCGAAAUGGGCCGAGUUGCGGAAGGCGGUGAAGGAUAAAGUCAGAGGACGGGAGGAAGAUAUUCCCAAGGAGGAAGGAAAUGCGCAGGGACUGUGUCCAAAAGAGAGUGAAAGGGAAGGCGAUGGCGAGAGCGGGGAGAAUAUCGCUAAAUGCCAGGUUAGAAGCAAAGAAGAAGAAGCAGGGAAAGGACGUGGAGACGAAAGGCAAAUACUAGAGAAAGAACAGGGAGAGGAGGCGAAUGAAGACACAGGAGAGGUAAAACAUGGUUCUGAACAUGAGGAAAAGGAAGAGAGAGAAAUUGACGAUAAAAAAGAAAUAGGAGAAAGCAAAGAGGAAGAAACCAAAUACAUAGAACUGAUGAAAGAAAGGGAAGACAUAGGAGAUGAACAAAAAGACAGCAAAGAAAAUGAAUACUAUAGAGAAAUAGAAGUGCAAGAAGAUAAAAAAGAAAAAGUAGGAAAUGAGGAAGAAAAAAUAAGCGAAGAAGAGAAGGAAAACGAAAAAGAAGAAAGAAGAGACACAGAAGGUAAAACUCAAGAAAACGAAGACAAAGAAGAUACAGAGGAAGACGAAGAAGAAGAACAAAGAAAAACAAAAAGCGAGGAAAAAGAGGAAGAGUCAUAUGAAGGAGCAGGAGAAAAACAAGAUGAAGAGCAGAAUAAAUACGAAAAUGAAGAAGAAAGAAAAGACACAGAUGGAGAAGAUCAAGAAAAUGAAGGCAAAGAAGACACAGAAGAAGAAGGAGAAGACGAAGAAGAACAAAAGAAAGCAAGACACAAGGAAGAAGACUCAGAGGAAGAAGCAGAAGAAGAACAAGACGAGGAGGAGGAAGAGGAGGAGGAGGAGGAGGAGGAGGAGGAAGAGGAGGAGGAGGAGGAGGAGGAGGAGGAGAGUGAAGUUGGACUAGGCAUAGGCGGAGCAGGAGAAGAAAUAGAAUGGAGAAACCCCCGCCAGGACACACCCGACCCGGACGACCUCGCGGACGAAGAGCUGCGGGCCCUGGACGACCUCUCGGAAGAAGAGCUUCGGGACAUUGACAUGAAGCUCCGGUUGCUGGCGGUUCAGAGGAGGAUUCUGUCUGUGAUCGACGAGACGCCGGAGGAGAAGAGGAUGAGCCAGUACGAACGGGAAGAGAGAAGGAAAAGAAGCGAAGAGGCGAGCGAAGGAAUGUCGGGAAUGAGAGAGACAGGAGAAGGAAGCGUUAGGAAGGGAGAAAAAGAGGAGGAAGGGGAAGAAGGCGUCGAGAAGGGAAGAAGGGAGGAGGAAGAGGAAGAAGAGGAGGAUAGCAAGGAUGUGGAGUGAUAGGAGAAUGUAUGAUAAACUAACGGACAGCGAGGAGUGAGACGAAGUACAAGGGAGGAAUUCGAAAGAAAGAAGGAAAAUGCGGAUAGAAAUAGAAGGAGAAGGAAACAGAGGAAACAUAUAGGGAAGAAGAUGAGAUAAAAGAAAAAAAAACAGAA